AUCUUUGAAAAAAAAACAAUAAAAAGAACAUAUUUUAUAUUCCAAAGAUUUAACGCCAAAGGAUGGGGUCGAGUCACAGUGCAUCAAGGCCUAAAAGCGGCCAACGAUCUAAUUUCAAUGUGAAACCAGAAACAUUGAUAAAUGGAGGCUCGAGCAUCUCUACAAUGGAUUCUUCACAUAGUCGUAAAAUGACAGAUGAAGAGAAAAACGCUAACAUAAAAGAGGCUGAUUAUGAGGAUGGUAGCUUAGGAAUUAUGACUCAAGCCAGGAUAGAAGAAAUAGUUGAAAAUCUAGGACAGGAUGAACUAUUUUGUGACCCUGACUUUCCAGCUGAUAGUCAAGCAUUGUUCUACAGUGAAGAUAAACAUUCCACUGGGAAGAGUAUAAUUUGGAAAAGGCCAAAGGAUUUGAUGGAAGAAUGGCAAACUCCUCAGUUAAUGAUUGAUGGGAUGACAAGAGAUGAUAUAAAGCAGGGAAUUCUGGGAGAUUGCUGGUUCCUCUCCUCAUGUGCUGCAGUGUCACAGAGACCAAAGUACAUGAAAAAG